GAGGGGUCCUCAGCCCCUCUAUAACUCUGUCUGAGGGAAGCCCCUUGCCGCCUCCUGUUACCCUCUACCCCAACCUCUCCUCCGAGUGCCUCACGGAGCUGCCCUGUGCUCCCAAUCAGCCUUCCCUCCACAUCCAUCCCCAUGGGCGUCUGGCAGCCUCUUGCUCUGGCUCCUUUCUGCCUGGAUGGCUGGCUGGACUCAGGGGAGGCUGGUGAUGUCUUCUGGCCCUCUCUGAGGUCCCCUCUGCUCCUCUGUCCACACCACCCAGGUCUUUUGAGGUGGGGGUGGUGCUGGCUUCCCGGGGUCACCUUGUGGUGGAGGCCUCAGUGUUGGAUCUCCCCAUCCUCCAGGAAUUCAGGAAGCUGAGCCACAAAACACACGUUCUUCCCGGUUCGAGCCCCCGGCUCCCCACCUGCAGGGGCGUCGCUUCACAGGCGGUGAAGCAGGUCUGCAGGUGUCUGUCUUUCUCUCCCCUUCUCUGUCUUCCCCUCCUCUCUCCAUUUCUCUCUGUCCUAUCCAACAACAGUAAAACAAACAAACAAACAAAAAAAACACACGUUCUCUGUCCCCAGAAAGCGCCCCCCUCGGAAGCAGGGUUCAGACACUGUCUCUCAGGAGACUCCUCGGCAUUGGCAGGCUUCGGCGCUGGGUCUGCAGCCUCAGAAAGGCCCCUCUGGACACAGGAAGGGGAGAAGCUCUGACGCCCGCAGAGCAUGGGGACGCCGCCUGUGCCCCCGCGGACUGCGCUGUUCCAGCGGGAGAGGACCGGGCUGACCUACCGCGUGCCCGCGCUGCUGGCGCUGCCCCCCGGGACCACCCUGCUGGCUUUCGCUGAGCAGCGGGUCAGCCCCGACGACGCGCAUGCCCACCGCCUGGUACAGCGCAGGGGCACGCUGGCCCGGGGCUCUGUGCAGUGGGGCGCCCUGCAGGUGCUGGGCUCAGCGGCGCUGGCAGAGCACCGCUCCAUGAACCCCUGCCCGGUGCUGGACGCUCACACCGCCACCAUCUUCCUUUUCUUCAUCGCGGUGCGGGGCACCACGCCCGAGGCGGCGCAGAUCUCUGCGGGCCGCAACGCCGCGCGCCUCUGCUGCGUGAGCAGCCGGGAUGGCGGCCGCAGCUGGGGGGACGCCCGGGACCUCACGGAGGAGGCGGUGGGCAGCGCUGAGCAGGGCUGGGCCACCUUCGCGGUGGGCCCGGGCCAUGGGGUGCAGCUGGCAUCGGGCCGCCUGCUGGUGCCCGCCUACACCUACCGCGUGGACGCUCGCGAGUGCUUCGGCCGCGUCUGCAGGACCAGCCCGCAUGCCUUCGCCUUCUACAGCGAUGACCACGGCCGCUCUUGGCACUGCGGGGCACCGGUGCCCAACCUGCGCUCGGGCGAGUGCCAGCUGGCGGCGGUGGGCGGCAUCCUGUAUUGCAGUGCCCGUAGCCCCCUGGGCUACCGUGUGCAGGCACUCAGUCUCGAUGGCGGUGCCUCCUUCCUGCCUGGCCAGCUGGUGGCCUCGCUGCCCGAGACAGCCCGUGGCUGCCAGGGCAGCAUCCUGGGCAUCCCUGCCCCCCAGGUCCCAGGCCAGCUUCUUACAGUCCAGGGAGCCCCAGAGGAAGAGGAUGAGGAGGGGGACAGGGAUGCUUUCGGGCCAGAGAGGGGCUCCACGUGGCUGCUGUAUUCUCACCCUGCUGGCCGCAGGGCUCGGCUCCGCAUGGGAGUCUGUCUGAGUCGCUCCCCGCUGGACCCCCACAGCUGGACGGAGCCCUGGGUUAUUUACGAGGGCCCCAGUGGCUACUCCGACCUGGCGUGCCUGGACCCCGGGCCCCAGGGCACCCUGACCUUUGCCUGUCUGUUUGAGAGUGGGGCAAGGGUCUCCUAUGAGGAGAUCUCCUUCUGCCUGUUCUCUCUGCACCAGGUCCUGCAGGGUGUGGGGCCCCUCCGUGGGGACAAGCCUGGGGGCCACUGCCAGCCCUCCUGACGGCCAUGCCCUGCAUGACCCUGGGAGGCUCCGGGGGGGCUAUCCUCAGCUUAGUGGGGUGCUCCUGUCUCAACCCUGGAUGAGAACCCCAGGGCACUUGUCCAACCUCCAUCUCAUUGCAGACCUGACACCCCACCCCCAAGUACCCACAGCUCUGGGAUCAUCAGGGGUGGGUGGGGGCAGCCAGAAGGAGCCCUGGGAUGUGUGGCUCUGGGGGUGUCCAGUUCCUGCAGAACAGAAAGGGUGUGGUAUACCGAGCAGGUUUCCCUGUCAGCAGAGCCCCACCUUGCCCUCCCGGAAACACUGCCCCCCAUCUUGGUCCUGUGGUUUCCCCCCCUCCCGCCUUAUGGAAGGCCCUGUCCUCCCUGGUGCCUGCUGUGUUUGGUGGCAGCUACACGCAUUAGAACAGAAGGUGGCCGAGGAGAGGGCAGGGAGCUCAGGAGUGAUUCUGCCUACAGACCUGAAGACAGAAAAGAUGGCUGAUUCUUAUAAAAACAAACCAACAAAAAAAGAAAUAACUGAUUAAAAUGGAUGAAGAUGAAAGAAGCGUGUGGAGUCCUGUUCAGGAAGAGAUUCCUCGAUUUGAAGUC